AUGAACCGAAACGAUCAAGCAGUCGCACAAGUGGCAGCACUCAAAAACCUAAUCGAACAAGUACGAAGUAAAGAGGAUCAAUGGACAAAGCAAGUUGCACGAAAACGGUCGUUGUUGGCACAGCUACAAGAGAACGAGUUCGUGCGAGAGGAGCUGACGCUCGUCGAGCGCGACCCCGGUGCGCGACUCUACAAACUCCACGGCCCGUGUCUUUUACCAAAGCGGCGAGCCGACGUUGCUGACAACGUGAAGCAACGCCAGGACCUGUUGCUCGGCGAGAUAAGACGGGUAGAUGGCGUGAUCUCGAACCUUGAGCGCGAACUGCAGGAACUGCAGCAACGCUUGCGGGAAGCCCAGCGUCAGCUGACCACGCCAGCGACAACAACAGCCUAA